CGCCUCCUGUGCCCUAACAAAUGGCUCUUCGUACCACCUGUGCCAUGCGUGCCAUAGGUUUGACCUCACAGAUCUAUACAGAUGUUUUGAGGCAGUCAAACUGGGAUGAUAUUGUAGUUCACAGAAAGACAUGGUGAAAGAGCAGGCACAAAGUCCUUAUUUGCCCUUUUUUUUUUUACUAAUAUGUGGUUACCCAGUUCUUCCACUUCUGGUUUGGAAGCUGGAUCUCUAUGCACUGGUCAUAGCUGUCCUCCGCUUCAUUCAGUUAAAGCCAAAGGUUUUGACACCAUGGCUCAAUAUCAGUGGCUUGGUGGCCUUUUGCUUGGCUUCUUUUGGAAUGACUCUUCUGGGCAACUUCCAGCUUUCCAAUGAUGAAGAAAUACACAACGUUGGCACCUUUUUGGCCUUUGGUUUCGGCACUAUGGCCUGCUGGAUUCAGUCCGCCCUAACCCUCAAAAUAAACUUGAAGAAUGAAGGUAGAAAAGCUGGAAUCCCACGCGUGGUUUUGUCAGCGGCAAUAACUCUGUGCCUAGUCCUUUAUUUCAUUUUGAUGAAUCAGUUUAAGUUGCACAUGCAGGCGUCACGGAUCCAGUGGGGAAUGGUGAUGUGCUUCCUGUGUUUCUUCGGCUCCUUCGCGGUGGAAUUCAGACACUACCGGUUCGAGAUCAUUUGCUCCGAGUACCAAGAGAAUUUCCUCAGCUUCUCCGAAACCCUCUCUGAAGCCUCCGAGUAUCAGACGGAUCAGGUGUAACCCAACUCCCAAACUGACCAGGCGGAUGAUGUUUGAUGUCAAAGGAUUGAACUCAACGGCCCCUUUCAUUUACCGUGAUUUAGUCUUUUUGUUUUUGCUAAUUUCUCUCUGCGAUCGCCCAAACUUUCUUCCGAAGAAUGAACCAGAUGCUUCUUUGCAUGGAUUCCAAAAUAUAUAUAUAUCUAUAUCUAAAUGUUUCCAACUGAAUCGCUUUCGGUUUGAGCACAAACACCCUGCGUCAAAAUUCUGUGGAGAUUCUCAGUCACCUGGAUCGUGGUUGUCCCAACUGGACUUUUGUUUUUCCUUGAAGACGCUUCGCUACUCAUCCAAGAAGCUUCUUCCGUUCUGACUUCAGUUCCUUUCAGUUCUUCACUCAGAACGGAAGAAGCUUCUUGGAUGAGUAGCGAAACGUCUUCAAAGUCUGGUUGCUUUUUGGAGGGGGGAAAAAAAACCCUCCACCUCUUUCAGGACAUUCUUGCCUGAAAUACAAGUGCAAAGCAUUUAAUUUCCUCCACGUUUUCCGGGCUCAAAGCAGAGCAUUGCUGGCGCAUUUCGCCCAAUGUUCAAAACAUUCCGAGUCUUGCUUAGGAUAAGUGGUUGCGCUUUUAGGACAGGGUGCUUAGCCUACCAAAUGGCUCAGUUUGAAACAUUUUGUUCACACUACCUCUUCGCCUUUUUUUUUUUUUUUUGCUUAAGGCAUUUUAUAACACGGUAUGAGAUGCUGGGUUUACGUUUUUCCCCCCAUAGUUCCUUUGUGACUGACUGAAAGAACUUACUAAUUUCGCAUUAUGUUAUGUUAUGCAAGAGGCAGCAGAGAACUAUGAACAAUUGCUAUCUGCAUACUGUACAGUAUAUGCGGUUGCACCUUGACUGUGAAAAAUGGAAAGGGAGGGUCAUGUUACCUGCAAGAAGACCAGGGUUACGCAGCAACCAUGGUCUGUGGACAUAUCACAGGGCAUCGACCGGGUGGUGGAGGUGUAUCCAGAUUUGCAAAACCCAAGUGUCAAGUUGCAAUGCAAGCUGCAUCUGAUUUUAUUAUGCACACACCAUACAGAAGACAGGCUAUGCGUGUGACAGGGUUAGGAGUGUGAUACCACAGUUAGUAUCUUGCAGAUCAUUGUGCGUGUAAGCUUUACUAAAACCUGUACAUUUGGCCAUGGAAUCUACAGUUCCCACGUCGAUUAUUGUGGAGGUUUGCAAACUGGUUUCCUGUCUUACUGACUUUAUGGCUUCAGUCGUUUGCUGAGGUGCAAUCUUAUUUUUCCCUCCCAUUUUUUUUUUUGCAUUUUAGACUGUCCAAUUUUACUGCAGCUUGGUCCAUUCGAGUGAGCAGAUGGUGCUUGACCUCACAAAAACCAGGCCUUUGAUUGACUUCCCAUAUUCUGGUGCUUUUGCCCCCCCUUUAUACUGAAAAAAAGGUUCACUUCUCACUGACUCGGGGAACAAGAAGACAAAGAAACAGGGACAUUUUUAUGCGGCUUCCCUCUGGGGCCCGGUGAAUGGAUGAUGGUCUUGUUAGGAUUGGGAUAGGAUAGGAUUGUUUCUGAGCCUUUAAUAUUGGCAUAGAGGCAGGAAUCUCAAGGGCCUCUUCCUGCAAAAUCCUCUUUCCUAGGCGAUUUUUCCAAGUUGCAUAUGACUUUUCUUUUUCCCAUAUAAGGCCUGUACAUUUAACACAUCUUUUUUUUCCCAGAUAUUGGAAGAUGUUUCUAUGCUGGAAUUUUAAGACUAGAUACGCCAGUGUGAAGCUGUGGGGUAGAACUGUUACUUAAGGAGAAAAGUGUUAACGUGGCUUGAAGUGGCAACAAAAAAUAAAAUCAGCAGAGGUUGGAACGUUCAAGUAGAACAUUCAAUUGCCCUUUGUAAAGGGGCAAUUGAAAAGUUGCUAAUUUGCCAUAUGGAAUAAUCAAAUCACUACAGUUGAAGGUCUAGACUUUUGGGAUGAAAUUAUUUGCCACACAAUCCUUUCUACCUUUACAUCAGAGGAAGUCUCACAAAACAUAAAUGGGGGAGAGGGGGGGGGGGGCUUGAAACAUAAAUUGGAUUAAGUCCAAAACAUUAAAUUUCAAGAAUUGGGCCACAAUCUCGAUUGAGAUAGUGAAUGCUUGAAUUAGGAGUCAGAAAAUAUUUAACGGGGAGAGCAGUGAAUUGGGUGAAAAGCUUAAGUUUAAUAAUUAGAAAUAGGAGACCUGUCAAAGUGGUAAUGGUUUUCUACAGUAGGACAUAAAACGCACACAGAAUUGUAAAAUACACAAGUGUUUCUAUAGUAGACGGGUUUACAAGAGUGGCUGUAAGGAAGGUGUAGAUAGCUAAAUGCUGUUCAGAUGUUUUGGAAUUCGUUUUCCCAUCAGCUCUGGACAGGAUGGCCAAGGGCAAGAGAUUAUAUUACAAACAUCUGGUGGGUUAACAGGUUGCUUACCCCAGCUGUAGAGGAAUCCAAACCAGCUGUGCGUCUGCAGUUACGAAAAGGUUGAAAAUAUAAGAAAUCCACCAACAAGCAGCUAAAUGGGUUUCUGUUAGAAUGUGUUUUACUGUAAAUAGUUCAUUGUGAAUUUUUAAAAAAAUGUUUUAUGUUGUAUCAUUUAUAUUUUGCAUUUUUUUUCCUGAAAGGGAGGAAAAAAAUUGUUUUGUGAACAUUUCCUCUCUCUCCAUUGAAUAUGCAACCGAACUCUUUUUCACGAUAAGAGUGUAAAUACCUUUUAAGUAUUUCUUACGGCACAUUUUUCAAUAUGGUUGAGCAAAGACUUCAUAACUGCAUACUGACACGUGACCACUCAAUAAAUUUCUUUUAUGGAAA